AUGGAGUUUCCAACACUUGGCGAGCACUGCCAAAAUGAAGAUUGUAAACAAAAAGACUUUUUGCCUCUACAGUGCAAAUGCGGUAAAGUGUUUUGUCGAGCACAUUUUGGUGAUCAUUGCACUUCUGGUUUCUGUGAAAUGGCCCCGAAACCAAAAGAUAUACGUCUAAAAAGUGACGAUGAAAUAUUUCGAUGCUCUGAGGAAGGCUGUAAGAAUGGAAACUUACACGAACUUUUGUGCAGCAAGUGCAAUAAACAUUAUUGCAUUGAACAUAGAUUUCAUCCAUCUUGUCCUGAAAUUGAUGAUGAAACAAUGGCUAGAAAAAUAGAACAAUAUGAAGCACCAAGACGGCAAUUCCAUGAAGCUAAUAAACAUUUGCAGCAGAAGAUAACAGAAAACAUACGAAAGGCACUGCAAUCAUCAACAAAAGUAAAGACUGCAUCCAAAAUUCAUCUUAUGAGGAUCAAACAAAAGGCCCUAGGUCCAAAAUCUAUACCUGCUUCAGAUAGAGUUUAUUUUGCUAUAAGGAAACCUGUAAACUUGGAGCCAAAACCUGUUAGAAUUAUAACCGAUGAAGAAAAUGUGGUACAAAUUGAAUCCGUGACUUUAGACCCUGAUUUAAAAGAUACAGUCCCAAUAUUUAUUAGUUCGAAGUGGAGUCUUGGUAGAGUAUUAGACAGUAUUUGUGAUACAUGUAAUAUAAAAAAUGAUAACAACAAGUUUGGAGAUGUGAAACUUAGGCUUUUUAGACAACUGGACGGAUAUUGUGUUAGUCCAUGGAAAAUGGAUAUAGAAAUGGCUGAUUUAAUUAAGAACGAAAUUUUAAUGGAAGGUGAUAAAUUAGUUGUGGAGUAUAUUAGUAAUGAUGUAUUAAGUAAGCUAGAUGAAUAUUCUCAAAUGUUUUUGUUAAUUUAA